AUGUCGUCGACAGAUAUCGUCGAGGUGGGCGAGGCACGGGCUACCGAAGGGAAUCGGCUAGUUGUCAUCGCCGUAAUCGAAGACAUCCUCAGCAAAGUCGUGGACGACAUCUCUCACGACCGACAACCGUCUAUCCCCUAUCGAUGUCGACCCAGAGGCGCCCGUCCGGGCCGUCCCUCGACCUCCGUCACCUCCCGCACGGCUGUCCGCUUCCCCGGAAACUCGCAAGAUGAAAGCCUCGCCUUCUGUUCCCCGCGCCCUCGAGGCUCUCUGCUCGGCGAGGACUGCGUUGUUGACCGGGACGCUACUCACCAAACGAAGAGCCAGGCUGUCGUGGACCGUGUGGUGGACGACUUGGCCUACACGCUAGGGUUUGGCCGCAUGGACCUGAAUAUUGUUGCUGCUGGCAAGGGACUGAUAUCCGGACCCAUCAUGAUUCAGCUGCGUCGUGAGUCUGGCGUCCUCAGCGCGUCCUCCGGUUCCAAUGGAGUACUGGUGCCCUUGCCUAGCGACGUGGAAAAGCUUGACCUUGGUGCUGCGAGGUGGCUCCUCGUCAUCGAAAAGGAAGCCGUCUACCGCCGCCUAUCUGCCGUCCAAUACUGGCGCAAUUCAGCCGCUGGACCUGGGAUAUUGGUGACGGGCAAAGGGUUUCCGGAUCUCGUGACGCGAGGGUUCCUCCACCUUGUUCAGUCGGUUCGGCCACAGUUGCCCAUCUACUGCCUCACGGACUUUGACCCUGACGGCGUCGGGAUCAUGCGCUGCUACAAACAUGGCUCGCGGAGCCUCGACCAUGAAACCCAUGUCGUCGUCCCUCGUCUACGAUGGCUCGGCUUCAAGAGCUCGGACUUGAGUCACCACUUGACUGCCCUCGACGAGUCGCGUCGACCGUCCGUGACGUCUCCGAUGUCAGUUCGAAAUAGGACACGUGCAGCGAAACUACUUGCUACGAUGGACGAAGAAAGUCACGACUGGGAGGAACUCGAGUGCCAGCGAGAACUGCAAGUCAUGAUGUUUCUCGGCGUCAAGGCCGAGAUUCAGGGGGUGGAUGGAAUUGGCGAUGUGGGGGACUGGCUGGACGCAAAGUUGGGACAGGCGUGA